GCCCAUUGUUUACGUAGGCAUUGAGGAGAGGAGGGAAGCAACAGACGACGAUACGGUUUACUAUGGCGGAAGGGGACGGGAGUCCCCGAACACAAGCCGAUAAGUUAAGGAAUGUUUACAAUAAAAAGUACAAAGCGGAUGAAUUGGUGAAGACUGGUGUGUAUGAUCAGAGAGAUGUUGAUAACAUAAACUCCAAUGACCUGUAUGUCAGUCAGUUCAUAAGAAAGACUGAAACCAUUCAGGAUGCAGCAGACAGGUUACACGAGGCUCUAAAAUGGCGAAAAGAGAUUGGUGUCAGAGAUAUAACAGAGUCCACAUUUCCCCGAGAGUUUUGGGAGAUUGGUGCAAUGUACUUCCACAGCACAGACAAAGAAGGCCGCAAAAUAAUCUGGCUGAAAAUAUCAAUGCACAAGAAAGACGCAAAUAUGUUGCCUAUGAUAAAACAGUAUUUUGCAUAUUGUUUUGAGACUUCAUAUAAUGAGAGUCCAGAGGAUGAAAUUGUGAUGCUUUUUGAUAUGACCAACACAGGGCUUUCAAAUUUGGAUAUGGAAAUGAUCAAAUUUGUUAUUACAUCCUUCAAGGUAUAUUAUCCUACAUUAUUGGGAUACCUGCUGAUUUAUGAAAUGCCUUGGUUAUUUAAUGCUGCUUGGAAAAUUGUGAAAACUUGGUUGAGUGCAGAAGCUCAGAAAAAGCUCAAAUUUGUCAGUAAGAAUGAUAUACAGGAAUACAUAGACAAAGAAAAUCUACCAGAACAUAUGGGUGGCACUGAUACAUACAAGUACAAAUAUAUUCCCCCAGAGGAGAGAGAAAGUGAAGAUAAUCAAAAUAGUGAUGCCUUAAAGAAGAGGGUAACAUUUGCUGACCAGGAUUCUCCUUUGUACCAGAGUUUUAAUGCAGAAAGUGGAGAUAUUAGUAAUUCAAGUGUGGUUUCAAGUCCUCGAAGUAACAUCAACAGGAAUGCUGGUCCUGUGAGGAGUCGACCAGAGGGGAACAGUUUUGUGGGCCGACUUCUAACCAUAAGCCCAGCAGAGGAGUUAAAGUUCAUCACAGAUUGUGGUGGAAAAGAUACCAUUUCUCUUAAAAACACACUCCCUUAUCCAAUCGCAUACAAAGUAAAGACAACUUCACCUGAAAAAUACAAAGUUCGUCCAAGUUCUGGUAUUGUUAAACCAGGCACAACGGAAAAAGUCAAUGUUCAUCUUCAUCAAGAACAUCACCAAGGAGUAGACAAAGACAAGUUCUUGAUCAUGGCUGUUGAACUGAAUGGGGACCCUCCUGAUAAUCUGUCAGACUACUGGAAAACUGUUCCCAAAGAAAAUAUAAUGGAGCAUAGAUUACGAUGUGUCCAGAUUCGUCGAUCAGACAGCAAUACAAGUGAUUCUCCAUCUAUACUGUCAGCAGAUGAUCAAAUUGCAGCUCUCUCUACUAAGGUUGAUUCCUUGAUAGAAAGUAAUGCCAGUCUACAGAAGGCUGUGAACCUACUGAUACUGUUACAAGCACUGACUCUUCUUAUGUUUGUACUGUACAUUGUGUACUCCUACUUAUACUCAGGUACAGACCCAGCCGUGGUUAAACCAGAAGCUGACUCAACUCCAAACUCCACUGCAGAUAAAUACUGCUCAGGCAGUCUAUUUUGAUUGUUUAAACAUUCAAUUAAAGUAGGUGUUCCCUAAUAUUUGAUUUGUCAUCAUCAGAACAUUGGAGAAAAAGUAUAGAUUUGGGGAUUUUAAAAAAAAGAGUCAUUGAAGGUUGAUUCAUGAAUAUUUUUAUAAUCAUAUUAUGUACAUGGUUAUCCUUGUAAGAAUGCGCUUGCUUUUAAAGUGUGCACUUAUGUUACAUUGGUAUCAUUUUAUGAUUUUUUUCUACAAUUUCUCUAACAAGCUGUGAUAAUCCUUGUUCAUGUUUUUGGUUGUUUUUAUAUCAAAUAAAAACAAAUAGAACUCUG